AGCCGUCUAUGUGAGAAGAUUUGUGUAGUUUAGAUACGCAUCUGAUAUUUACGAUGGUUUAGAUUUUAGUAGAUUGAAAAAACAGUAUUGCAGUAUAUAUUGUAGACUUUCUAGUAACUGCUGUGGCAUGUACUAUCUCAGUAUGGCAGUAUAACGUAAUGCAUUUGUAUUUUCCACACUGGCUUGCGGUUAUGGGAAAGAAGAGCGGAGGUGCGUGUGCACACAUACCGCACAUAUACAAUCUGUACUUUUGGCUGAACUCCUACUUCGAUAUCUAACUAAACGCUGUUAGCAAUUCAAUCACAUCCACUCGGUAUCGACUACUUAUGAUGUCGAACACAAUGGCUGCAGAGACUUCACAAUCUAUCACAGAGGAAUUGUAUAGCAAUAGUGAUAAUACAACACACACAAUGAGUAGCAAUAUAUCACACAGUACUGGUGAUGCAUUACACAGCCCUGUAAAUACGGUACACGUCAAUGGUGAUGCAUUCCACAGCAUCGGUAAGGAUGUAGCACAACGCAAUGGUAGUGAUGUUGUCGCUGGGGGAAAGGUACGUCUCAAAUCCUCUCCAGUUAUACGACUAGAAGCCAUUUCAAGAACAGAGUUUGUCUGCAUCACAAGCUUAGUGUUCAUGGCGACUGUUUUUCUGGUGGUGCUACUGCUGGUAAUGCCUUCAUGGAUGCUGUUGGAAAGUCACUAUCCUGUGACCAUGUGUACACCUGAUGAUGUGGCUGCGUUUGGCAUGUCGCUAGGUAAGCAGAUGAGCUGUGUGUAUGUGUGCGAUGCCACUGCUAUAUACUCGCAGCUACUAAAGGCAAACAUGGACAACGAUACGCUCUGUGGGAAGGAUGGCGAUGUUCUGGAACUGGAUAGUAAUACGACCUUAGUGUGUGCAUACGAUAAUCUGUACCAAGGUGUGAAUGAAAGUAUGAUCGAUAUGAACAAUUCCACCAAUCUCACUACGGUUCUGCUAUCCACGUACACGGACUACCAACCCAUCAAUGGCGAUUUCGACGUGCUCAUGUACAUCUCACGACCCCCAAGUGAAAACUGGGACGGUCAGCCGUACACACUGCACCUGAACUUCACAGUGAUCUUGCAAGGCCAGCAGAUAGCUGAGCAGAACACUAUCCUUAACAGCAUUGUGAGUCAUGCUGGGGAUUUGGAAUGUGGAUGGGUCGGGAGUGUGUGUGAGGUGUCGCUGUUGACGGCUUCUGAACUGGGCCGUGACGAUUGUGCGGAUCUGUUUGAGUUUGAGAGCAUCACUGUGCAGGUGCUAUUCCACCAAUGGUUUAGUCCUUUCAGUGCUACCCUCAAUAUGGCUACCACCAACUCAGUUAACAACACCAUAGCCGACAGUAAAAAUACCACAACUACCACAACUACCACAACUACUCAGCUUAAAGCUAACAGUGGAACGAGUGAGCAUGGCUCGAGUGUGAGCGUUGUGUACAUCACUGUCUCUGACGCUUUCCUGUGGUGUAUCUUUGGCACCCACGUUCUGCUCGGGGGUGGUAUGGUAGUGUACACAGUAGUCUUUAUCCGCAUGACAUACGCACAUACCCAAUUGCCCUUCUCGGAAUGGAUUGUGGAGCGCAAAUGGGCUGUGUGCCAGUGCGUGGCUGCCAUCAUAGUGGCAAGUGAUCCCGUUUACUACAUGGCCGUUUCCAACAUCAUCUACACCAGUACAGCCGCCCUGACCACUCUCAUAGCCACGGACGAGCUAAUCGUGAACCUGAGUGUCGGCGUGAUAUUCUUCGUUAAUCUUUUGUUCAUGCAUUCCUUCUACAUGGAGGGCCACGUCUCCAUGGGCAGCUGGCGGUUCUACCUGUCCAAGAUCGUCUUCCUGUGUGUGUGGGUGGCUGUGGUUCUGUUGCUGUUCUCGUUUGAGUUCAUGGAGCUGUUCGACAAGGCGUCAUACCAAGCAAUCGGUCGGAUGGACACUGCGGGUUUUGUGCUCUCCAUCACACUCGUUUCCUUCUACUUUGGCCGCAUGAUGUGGGUUGGGCAUCUGAACGUGCGACGCUUUCGCGGCGAGUGGUCGCUGUAUGUGCGGCACAGACAGAUAGGCGUGCGAGUGAUGAUACUAUACCAGAGUAUGGUGUAUGUCAUCUGGAUCUUGGAGGGGUCCGUACUGCCCAAUGUGUGGCUGAAUAGGCUGCGCGUGGAUCGCUACGACUCCUACACUGGCUUCUCCACCUUAUUUGUCCGCAGCUUCGCAACCAAUGUGCUGGUAGUCCUGACAGUCGUUAGCACCACCUACGGAUACCUACCUCCAAGCAAGGAGCAGCUAGACGUGGCUGUGACGGAGGUGUCUAUACUCAAUCGAUCGUCACAUGUGCGUGGUGUGUUCUCGUUGUACACAGCCCAUUGGAUGCGUGCGGGUAGUCGGUUUGCGUACAAGCACACGACGGUGGGUGUCCAGCGGCAGUCUGCCUGUGGAACUCCUUAUCAUCAAAUCAGUGCGCCAGGGCUGUGCAAGAGCGACGGAGGUGAAUCUAAGGGCGACGGGAGACUCUGUAGUGAGUCGCAUAGUACCACAGAAAGAAACCCGAGUGGUGAGAUAGUUCUGAAUAGUGUAUAUACGGCUGGUAUGACGGGUGAUGUAGACCCUGAGCACGAGACCGGCCGAGGUUUCCUCGGUAGAGAGUGUGUGAAUAGGGACACCCAGGUAGUUUCCCCCAGACGUAUGGCCAGGCAAGGCUAUGUGGGUGUCGUUAGUAGGGCCGUGUGUGUGGGUGCUGUGUCGUCUGUGCGAAGAACACAGACGUGCUGCGCACAGGAGGGUGUGUGUCUGCGUGAUGACGUGUGCUGUGCACACGCUGCUGUGAAUUGUUCAGUGAGAGGCAGCGGGCGACGUAACUCUAUCCACACCGCGAGCGAUCGACAAAGCCAUACGGGUGACCCUUGCACCCGAGACAGAGGUUGUGGGUUGCUGGGUGGGAGGCUAGUGAGUGGGAGCCAUCUGCCACACACUCACGGAGUGUUUGGGAGAAGUUCAGCUCAACACUGUGCGGAAACAAGUGAGGGGAUUGCGGCCUACGCACUGGGUCAAGAGGUCGGAAAUCCGUAUCAGGGUCAAGAGGUAGGUAGCCCUUGUCAGGUCCAAGCGGUAGGUAGUCCGUAUAGUGGCAGACGGCCGAUGCCGAGUGUGUCGAACAAUGCUUGCCCAGAGCCACAUAUGAAGACUCUGGGUAUAGGGAAGGUGAGUCAGGCUGAGCGCGAGGGCAUGCAGACGUUUAAGACCGCCUUUGAAGGCAACAACACGGACUACCACGUGAUCGAGCACGUAGAAGACGCUGCCACGGACACGCAUUUCCUGGUGUUCACACAGGACGACAACCUGGUGAUAUCCUUCCGUGGCACGAAAAGCAAAGAUAACGCGGUCACUGACUUACGCGCGAGUCUCGUACCUACAUGUACGGACCUUACCAGAGCCAGCCGUCGCUCCAGGCACUCGUGUGCGACUCAAUCGGAUUGCCGAACGGAGAAUGUCCUAGUGCAUCAGGGCUUUAUGAUGGCCUUCGCGUCCAUUCGCGAGCGUUUGUUUGCGUGCAUGCGGCAGCAGAUUGAGCGUGCACAGGACUUACAGGGGCCAGGUGCGAAUGUGUGCGCACAGUGUAGUGUUCUGCGGACGGCUGGUAGGGAGACUACAGGGGAUGCGAGUACCAAACCACUCAGAGACGCAGACCCGCAUCUUGCAUCAGAUGGCGAUCACAUGCCGGAUUUGGCCAGUGAGGUGGUGUCGAACAGGCACAGGACAAGUCCACACAGAGAAAGCCCUUGUACAAUCCCCAGUCACACUUCGGGUAUUGGGUGUGGGGAGAUCUCAGGGAAACGCCCUGCACCACUCCACACAUUCAUCACCGGCCACAGUUUAGGAGGAGCUCUAGCCACCCUCUGUGCGUUUGAGUUGGCCCAGGAGUUUGCUACGAGUGAGUUAGAGCUGACUGUGUAUACGUUUGGGAGUCCCCGUGUUGGCAACAGCCGCUUCGCGGCACAGUACAACCAACUAGUACCCAACACGCACCGACUGGUGAAUGAUGGCGAUCCCGUCUGUGGCCUGCCAAAGUUCAUGGCUCCUCAGUUCCUGAAUAUCACCUACAAGCAUGUGGGAACGUGCUAUGUGAUAGCCGAGCGUGGAGAUAUGAUCAUCAACCCGUGCUUCCCCGAGAGGAUGUUCCAGCUACGCUCCAAACGCAUACCAUCGCAGCACACUAUCGGCAGCUAUCGUACGGGUAUACUCCGAUGUCUGAAGACAAUGACCCGGCGGCUCUUGGCCCAACAGAAAGGCCAGCCACUGGAGGCAGAGGCGGAGGCGAGUUAUGAGCUGGGCACUGCCUUGCAAGUAUUUACCUCUGUACUGAGUGCCCCUAGUGAGAUGUACACGUACGACAAUGAAGCCGGUGCGGCCGACGAUGGGUUGCAUCAGUAUGCGAAGGACCCUUCCCAGGCCGGGCCUGCGAGCGUUAGAUAUCUCAAAGAUGUUGCGCAGAUGAGCCUCAACGACAGUAUGGCUCUGAACAGUAGGAAGAGUAGGAGGAAACCCCGGAGAGGCUCCUCAGCUUCUGUGCAUGAAGAUACUAGACAACAGAAAGGAGGCAAGGUCCUUCAUAGAACGCCAACGAUCCCGCCUGCAGCCCGUCCCAGCAGCUCAACUGUCCAAUUGUCCCAUUUAAAGCACUUAAAACGGGCUCUAUCCACGCGAGAUAUGCACCAUCGUGAUGCUAGUCUGAUCAAGCCAAUCGCAGACGCACGAGAAACCACGCGCUUCGAUGCUCCAUGGGAGGAUCAUAGCGUAGCCACCGCACCUUCAGUGCCUGCCUACGAUAUUGAGACCGGAGGUAAAGAAAAGGCCGAGGAGAAGAUAUUAUAAGAAAUGUCAAUGGAUUGAAAUUGUCUCGGACAUGUGGCUCUGUUGCUUUUCCGAACUAUACUAGCGUUUCUCGCUGAUAUAAAACAUCGUAUUAUGCAGGCGUUCACUGCAUGAAUAUAAUAAAUUUAGUAAAAACCACCAUCUACCG